ACUCAGAAGAUGAAUCUCUUCCAGUCCAUAACAAGUGCCUUGGACAAUGUUUUAGCCAAAGAUCCGACUGCAGUAAUAUUUGGUGAAGAUGUGGCCUUUGGUGGAGUCUUCAGGUGUACAGUUGGCUUACGGGACAAAUAUGGUAAAGAUAGAGUUUUCAACACCCCGUUGUGUGAACAGGGAAUUGUUGGCUUUGGUAUUGGAAUUGCUGUUGCAGGUGCUACAGCCAUUGCAGAAAUUCAGUUUGCAGACUACAUUUUCCCAGCAUUUGAUCAGAUUGUUAACGAAGCAGCAAAAUAUCGUUACCGCUCUGGAGACCUGUUUAAUUGUGGAAACCUCACCAUCAGAGCCCCCUGGGGCUGUGUGGGUCAUGGCGCCCUGUAUCACUCUCAAAGUCCAGAAGCCUUUUUUGCUCACUGUCCAGGAAUAAAGAUUGUUAUUCCAAGGAGUCCUCUUCAGGCCAAAGGACUGCUGCUGUCAUGCAUAGAGGACAAAAAUCCAUGCAUCUUCUUUGAACCCAAAAUACUCUACAGAGCUGCAGUGGAACAAGUUCCUGUGGAGCCCUACACCAUUCCGCUGUCUCUGGCUGAGGUGCUGCAGACGGGCAGUGAUGUGACCCUGGUUGCUUGGGGCACUCAGGUACAUGUGAUCAAAGAGGUGGCAGCAAUGGCUCAAGAAAAGCUUGGUGUGUCCUGUGAAGUUAUUGACCUGAGAACCAUCUUACCUUGGGAUACAGAGACCGUUUGCAAG